ACUGCAGUUCCCUGUAUUCCUGCUGGAGUGUUCAGCUGCCCUCUAGUGGCCACCAUGCGCCCUGUUCCAGCUGCUAUGCUAGAUGCAGCAGUGAAGGUUACCAAUCUCAACCCACUAGCACAUGGAGCUCCUGUACACAUAGGAGAACCAGCUCUCUUAGGCAUACAGGACCUGUCCAGACCAGACAUGGGGAGCGAGUAGAGAUGCAGGCCUGGUGAUGUCACAGUUUUCUGGGCCUGCGGAGUGACUGCUAUAGAGGCAAUACUCAGCAGCAAGCCUUCUUUGGCAUUCAGUCACUCACCAGGCUGUAUGUUCCUGACUGACAGCCCAGACUCUUCCCCUGUAACCAAACCCAAUCCUGAGCUGACGCCCCUCUGCUUCCUGGUAUCCCACAAUCCCUUGUUUUACAGCUUGGCAUCUCAGAGAGCAGUGGCAAGAAUUAGACAGUUGGAAAUAAUUAUUGGAGAGGACCCAGGUCAACGAGGGAUCAGAGCUUUAUCUGUUCAGGAUGAACUUCUGUGUUCUUGUCUGGCACUCUCCCACUCCUCUUCUGUUGCCAUAACAACCGGCUUCCCCACACACUACAUGCACAGCCCUCCUGAUGAGACAGAUGGCCCACCAGGAGCCAUUGCCAUGGCGACCAUGCUGUUGGCUCUAGGGAAACAGGUAACGAUGGUGACAGACAGGAGAGCCGUGGAGAUGAACCAGGCCAUUAUUGAUGAAGCUGUGAAGACAGGUGUGCUUAAAACUGCAAUACCAUUGGUCACCUUUGAAGACCAUGGUCCAGACUCCGCACUGCACUUUCUGUGUCACCACGGAGACCCCAACAGGCCGAGGUAUGACCACCUUGUGGCAAUAGAGCGCAGUGGAAGAGCUGAAGAUGGAAAUUAUUACAACAUGAGAGGAGUGAACAUCAAACAUCUGGUGGAUCCUAUUGAUAACUUGUUUAUUGCUGCCAAGAAUAUACCAGGAAUUACCACUACAGGAAUUGGUGAUGGUGGAAAUGAGUUGGGGAUGGGUAAAGUCAAGGAGAAGGUGAAGAGCUUGAUGCCCAAUGGGAGUCUCAUAGCCUGUGAUAUUCCUGCUGACAAUGCUGUCACUGCUGGGGUGUCUAACUGGGGAGGAUAUGCUGUGGCCUGUGCACUCUACCUGCUCCACACCUGCCCUUCACAUCAGCGGUACCUAAGGAAAGGACUAGGAGUGGAACACAUUCCCCCCCAAGAACAGCUGCAGGACUGGACUGCUAACCUGCCCUCUGUGGACAAGGAGGAGUCCUUCCUUUCCACUCUGGUGCGUUUUGGGAUUCGAAGUGGGAAAACUGGUAACCUGGCCAUGGAGGUGGAUGGUUUGACCUUUCACCCCACACACUCUGACAUAAUCACCAGAUUACUGGAGGUCACACUAAGCUCCACCUCUCAAAACCCUUAACCAGUUCCUCCUGUGUAUUCUCAGCAGUAUCAUAGAGGCACAGUCCAAAAAGUCAAUUAUCUAUAUGUGUAUUUGAGUAUUAAUAUAAUCUUAAUACUAAUCACUUAAAUGGCUGAACCCACUCAGAUGUGAAUGCUUUUUUAAACUUGAAUGCAUUGGAAUGCAGCACCAGAUAGAGACACACUCAAGCAUGUACGCACAUACAAACACAAUCAAUGUGCUAAUGGGUAAACUUCUGUUUCCUCUCUAUUCAGACUGUUGAAAGGAAGUGAGAAAGAAAAAAAGAGAGAAUACACAGAGGGAGCUGUGUGUGUGAUUUUAGACGCUGUCUUGGUUACCUUUCAGCCCUCUGCAUUGAAUACUGGUGGCAAAGCAAAUUAGAUUCAAGUAAAACAAGCUCUCUUUCCCCUCUCAUACAGUUUGUGAUGGUAGAUGUAUUACUGUAUUGUUGCUGAUGAUAAUUAAUCUUUAUCUCUAAUCUCUUAAAAUGGGCUUAAUGACACCCUUAGACAGUAGCACACAGAUAUAAAGACUGCAUGAGCCUUCCAGCUUUGCCACUUUGAUAAUGUCUUGGAUGGUAAAGCAUAAGGGCUACCAUGUCAGAGAUCUACAGUUCUGAUCUCAAAUCAAUGAAUGUAGCAUAAAGAUGGUUACAGUGAAGUUGCUAAUGAUAUAGUUAGGCUGUGCAAUUGUCAUUUGACUACCAUUUCUUUCAGUCAGAUGUCAACACAGACUCCCCACCAUUGGCCUUCUCCUUCUAUUUUUAAACUGGAGUCAGAUUUUGUCUAAAAGAUCCAGCAAAAUGAGUUUAUACUAUCACACAGUGUGUAAAAUGGUUGUAAAAUGGUUGUAGUGCCUUUUUUUUUUACAUGUACAUGUAGUUAACAUAGCUGUUCCUGAGUUUCAGAAAUUUCCAAGCAGCUGUGUUACACCAUCUAAACAAUCUAGUUCACAGUUGAACCGGCAAGUGUCUGGUCAGGCUGAAAUAAUUCUCAGUAGAUGUUCUCCACUCUGAGGUCUCAGUAUGUCCACAUGUACUCACAACAAAACAGUGUGUCCUGGAGGCUAUAUUUUACAAUACACACUGACACUUACCCUCUCUCUCUAGCUGAAGAAGAGCAGAAAGAUGUUGGUAUGCAAACAACAAACUUGACUGCACAUGGCUGCUUUUCAAAGAGUUUCCUUUGAACUCAAACACGUCUUAACAAUAAAAAAAUCAUUUAGUACUACACUGAUGAUGUGGAGGUCUUUUGGGAUGCAGAGACGGAUGAACUGAACACAUUCCAUAGACUUAAAUUGAAUUCCAACUUCAAGUUAUUAAUACAUAAAUUAUUAAUAUGUCACCUUGUUCCUAAGAUGUAUAAAUCUGACAGUGGACUAUGUGCACAAGCAUGAGAGAAAUCCUCUUGAUGGCCUCUGUGUUCCAACCCACAUCCCCAACACACUUCUUGUAGCACCUCACCACUUUACAUUUCAUCUUUUUAGAAAUACAGGUACCCAAACAUAUAUACUGCAUUAUCACAGCCCAAGUGGCAAAGGCCUUGGUCUUCAGCACAACUCACAAACUGGGACUAUAUGGGACUUUGAUUCUUGAGCUUACAAAAUGAUUUGCUUCUCAACAACACUCCACUUGAAGUGUUUUGUAAUUGUUGAACAUUGUUGUAAAAUAUUUAAGAAGCUGGAGCUCUGAUUUGAAUUUUAAAUAAAAUAUGUUGCCACCAA